AUUAAGUUAUUAAGUAUGUAUGUCGCGUCCUGAUCAAAAAUUGAGUUGCACCAAAAAAUUUCAAAAGUAAUUGUUCACUACAGAUGCAUCUUAAUAGUUAAUUAAUAACCAUUCAAUUGAUUCAUAGAUACCAUGGCAUAUAAUAACAAGAGGACAUUUUCUAACAGAGGAGGUAGUGGAUCCUCUAAUGCAGGUGGAUCUUCAUCUGAAGAAGUAACCAUUGAAUUAGAUAAGAAAAAGCAAGUCACAAUUCGAAAAUUUAAUAAUAUUAACCUUGUUGAUAUACGAGAAUUUUACAUAGACAAAGACUCUGGUGAAAAGAGACCAGGUAAGAAGGGGAUAUCAUUAACUGAAGAUACUUGGUAUAAAUUAUUGGAAGCUACCAAUAAAAUACAAAACGCGUUAGAUACUUUAAAUGGUAGAUCUAGUACUGUAGCAAGUAUAACGGCUGCUGCUGCUAAGAAAGCUAAACUUGAUGAAAAACCCAAGAAGAAGGAACCAGCUCCUGAAAUUAAAAAGCCAGCAGUUGCUGCAGCUGCAGCUCCACCACAAGUCGAGGAAGAGGAAGAAAGUGAUGAAGAUGCAUACGAGUAAUUCAGAUACACCAUUGAUAACUAGUUCGAACCACAUAAAUAUAUAAUAGAAUAUAUAUCUGCUUAGUUAGUGAAUGAAAGGAUUUGUAAGCGGAUGUGUUAGUGCAUUUGUCUUUUCAUUAUUUAUAUAAACAAAAUGUAGUAGAAGAAUUGAAUUACCCCGGAUUCUUCAGGGAUUGCUUCAUUUUAGAGUAGUACUGAUCCCAUCACUUAAACCAAGUAAGGUUCAGUGUCCUUAACCCUUAAUAAGUACAAGUUCACCAUAUAGUGUAUACCCCUCUAACUAUUGCUACCCAGCUAUGGCACAAAAUCGUUGUAUAACCCAGACAAAUACAUGUAUAGCAUAAGUUACAUCACAAAAUCGCAUAAACUUUUGAUUUAGUCAUAAGCCCUGUCCCGAUGUACUGGUAAUAAAUAAAUAAAUUAACCCAGUAACAUAUUCAUUAACU